GCUUUCCCAGUGGAUCGUGUAUCAGGUCGUGCACCUAUACACGUCGCUCCCACGAGCGUACCUGGCGUGGGACUAAAGACGACCGAGCCACGCUCGUGGCCUCGCGCUCCCGCUCCCACGACCGAAAAAAGCCUCCCGCUUCCGCUCCCGUUCCUCUCCGGCCGCCUCCCCAAGGUCGCCGUCGCCCCUCUCCGGCCGCCGCCCAAGGUCGCCGUCGCGUCUCCUCUCCGGCCGUUGCCCAAGAUGGAUACUGACCAAAGCUUCUUGGACACCCUUGAUUUUGGUUACACGCAAACACAACUAGAAAGUCCAAUUGGAGAGCAGGCAACUCCAUCAACUCAGCAUCGUUCUGCAAUAACAGAGAAAGGAAAAUCCAACAAAGGCAAAAAUUGGUCUAGUGAUGAGGACAAGGUUCUCAUAGCAGCAUGGGCAAAUACAAGUUUGGAUAUUGUUGGGACAGAUCAAAACCGGGAUGCUUAUUGGGAUAGAAUUUCAGAGUACUACAACACACACAAGGAAUCAUCAUGGCCGGAGCGUAAUGCUAAUGCAAUCAAUUGCCGUUACACAAUGAUUAACAGAGAGACCUCUAAAUUUUGUGGUUGCCUUCAGCAGAUUUUAAAUAGGCAAGAAAGUGGAAGGACUAUACAAGAAAAGACAAACGAUGCACACAUUUUGUUCAAGGAAAUGGAUCUUAAAAAAAAAGAAGCCUUUCACACUGAUGCAUUGCUAUGUAGAGUUUUCGAAGUAUCCAAAGUGGCAGACAAGAGAAGUUGAAACUUCUCUUAAGAAACAAAAGAAGACCAUUGAUGCAAGUCCGGGCACAGCCACCAAUGAUCCGGCUGAUGCAUCCUCGGUACGUACUGAUGCUACCUCGAUACACACUGAUGCUCUUGAACAUGAGAAAAGACCUGAUGGUGUGAAGAGGGACAAGAGAGGUAAAGCUGAUGACAGUGCUUGCAAGCUGUCAUUAGAAACUGUGUGGGCAGCAAAGCUAGAGAAGGAUGAGAUCAAAGAGGCGGCAAGAAAUGCUCGCUAUGCACAACAAUUGGAAUUGCGAAAAGAGGAGAUUGCACUCAAAAAGAAUGAGGAUGCACGAAACGAGAGGGAGGAUGCACGGAGACAGUUUGAAUUAGAUGAGAGGAUCAUGCUCAUCGACACAAGUGGUAUGACUGAUGUUCAAAAGCAGUUCUACCAAGCUAAGCAGAAGGAGAUCCUUGCUCGCGGCCUAGGGUAAUGUGAGCUAUAUGUUGUAGUUGUAAGAACUAUUUACUGCUUUCUGCUAGUUGAGGACAUGGAUUACAUCACUCAUUGCAUAAAUAUUUUUAUU